UCUAUGGAUUUCCCAAAUAUCUUCUGGUACAAUGACAGCUAUGAAAACAGGACCUUCAACAGCUCCAGCCUGGAGCAGAAGCCCACCCACUAUAACUACUACGCCAUGCUGUUGACUCUCCUCAUAUUUGUGAUUGUCUUUGGCAACGUGCUAGUCUGCAUGGCUGUGUCCAAGGAGAAAGCCUUGCAGACCACCACCAAUUACCUGAUCGUCAGCCUUGCUGUGGCUGACCUGCUCGUGGCUACGUUAGUGAUGCCGUGGGUGGUCUACCUGGAGGUGGUCGGUGAGUGGCGCUUCAGCCGCAUCCACUGUGACAUCUUUGUCACCCUGGAUGUGAUGAUGUGCACAGCCAGCAUUCUUAAUCUCUGCGCGAUCAGCAUUGACAGGUACACAGCUGUGGCCAUGCCCAUGCUGUACAACACCCGCUACAGCUCCAAGCGCAGAGUCACUGGGAUGAUUGCCGUGGUGUGGAUCCUCUCCUUCGCCAUCUCCUGCCCACUGAUGUUUGGGCUGAACAACACAGAGAAGAAUGAGUGUAUCAUUGCCAACCCUGCCUUUGUUGUGUAUUCUUCUAUCGUCUCCUUCUACGUUCCUUUCAUUGUCACCCUGCUGGUGUACGUGCAGAUCUAUAUAGUGUUGCGGAAACGCAGAAAACGGGUCAACACCAAGCGCAUCGCCAGUCACGUGGGCCUGGACGCCGACACGCAGGCCCCAUUGAAGGAGAAAUGCACUCAUCCAGGAGAUAUCAGGCUCUGCACACUCCUUGUGAAGAGCAACGGGAGCUUCCCUGUUCACAAGGGCAAAGUGGAGGCCAUGGAUCACAUGGAAGAGAUGGAGAUGGCCACUAGUACCAGCCCACCAAAGAACAAUGUCCAGCCACCUCUGCCAAGUAACAUGGAACCAGCUGAGGCAGCUGCUUCCACCCCCUGUGCCAAUUUAACUCCGCCGUCUCCUGAAAACAGCCGCCUCGACGUGCAGAAGAACGGGCAUACCAUAGACAAUUCCAAAACAGCCAAGGUCUUUGAGAUUCAGACAAUGCCCAAUGGCAAGACCAGGACUUCCCUCAAAACUAUGAGCAGAAGGAAAUUUUCACAACAGAAGGAAAAGAAAGCCACUCAAAUGCUUGCCAUUGUGCUUGGUGUUUUCAUCAUCUGUUGGCUCCCUUUCUUCAUCACCCACAUUCUGAACAUGCACUGCAACUGUAAAAUCCCACAGGUCAUGUACAGUGCCUUCACAUGGCUCGGAUAUGUCAACAGCGCAGUCAAUCCCAUCAUUUACACCACUUUCAACAUUGAGUUCCGGAAAGCUUUUAUGAAGAUCCUUCAUUGCUAA